CCUCAGUCCGCCAACCCCUUCUUCAAGUUUUCACAUACUCGCACACUAAAAUCAAAAUUGUUACUUAUUAGUACUACAAAACUACGAAAAACUCUGCUCCUGCUCUCUGCUUCAUCGCCUCGCCGGAAGACGAUUUCGGUCUCUCUGCGGUAUCGGAAUUCGUUUGCGUUUAUUUGGAACGGAGACGAUUGCUGUUUUUUAUUGGUGCUACUGGGAGAUGCGACCAUUGCCAUCUGCUUAAAAGAUUUAAAUUCUUGUAAAUGGCUUCUCGAGCUAUUUUAAGGAAGAGGAAGAUUUUUAGCGAUUACUUGAAUGUAUCAUCAGCUCGGUGUGUUCAAAAUUUUCAAUAUCUAGGUCAUGGUUCGGGGACUGAGAGUUUAGGUGCAUGCCGGUUUAGCUCCCUUGCGCACCAGUGUCAAUCUGGUUCAGAUUCCUCAAGGGAUAGCAGUGAAGCAAAAUCUGUUAAAGCCGAACUGCUGAAAUUCACAACAUCAGGACUUUAUUGGGAGAGAUGUAACGGAAUUGCUGUUUCUGGCUAUAGAACUAGCAAGUUGGACCUUAUUUCUCCCUUCGGAGUAAGAUUGGUGUCAGAUUCUGCCCGGUUUGCUUCUACUGCCACAGCAAAGCAACCUAAUAUUGGUAGUGAUGAUGAGGAGAGCGAGGAAUUGGUUGCAAAAAAGAGGAAAGAAGCUUCACCAGAGGAAUGUGAUGAAGCAGUUGUUGAUUUGAGCACUGCAAAGGCAAAAGCCAAAGCAAAGCAGUUGCAAGAGUCCCAAAGAGUUGCCAAAUCUAUUCUCAGGAAAACAUGGGCUACAUUAUUAGGGAUUGGUCCAGCUCUGAGAGCUGUGGCUUCAAUGAGCAGGGAAGACUGGGCCAAGAAACUUGUUCAUUGGAAGAAUGAGUUCAAGUCAACACUGCAGCAUUAUUGGUUGGGUACUAAGCUUCUUUGGGCUGAUGUGAGGAUCAGUUCGAGAUUGUUAUUGAAGCUUGCUGGGGGAAAGAGUCUCUCCAGGAGGGAGAGACAACAACUGACACGAACUACUGCUGAUAUUUUCAGACUCGUCCCGUUUGCAGUUUUUAUAAUCGUUCCAUUCAUGGAGAUUUUGCUACCUGUGUUUCUAAAGCUGUUCCCAAAUAUGCUACCAUCUACGUUUCAAGAUAAGAUGAAAGAAGAGGAAGCUUUGAAGAGGAGGCUAAAUGCUAAAAUGGAAUACGCAAAGUUCCUUCAGGAAACUGCCAAAGAGAUGGCAAGGGAAGUUCAGAACUCGCGGAGCGGAGAAAUGAAGAAAACAGCAAAAGAUCUGGAUGAGUUUCUAAGCAAGGUCAGAAGAGGUGCUGGCGUUUCGAACGAAGAAAUACUUGGUUUUGCCAAGUUGUUCAAUGAUGAACUCACUUUAGAUAAUAUAAGCAGGCCUAGAUUACUAACUAUGUGCAAGUACAUGGGAAUCAAAGCUUUUGGAACAGAUGCUUAUCUGCGGUUCAUGCUUAGGAAAAAAUUACAAAGUUUAAAGAAAGAUGAUAAAUUAAUUCAAUCGGAGGGUGUGGAUUCUCUAUCAGAGGCUGAACUUCGUGAAGACUGCAUGGAGCGUGGCAUAGUGGUGCAAGAUUCAGUUGAAGACAUGCGACAACAGCUUCGUGAUUGGCUGGAUUUGUCAUUGAAUCACUCCGUACCAUCAUCACUUAUGAUUUUGUCAAGAGCCUUUGCUGUUUCUGGGAAGGUGAAACCUGAGGAAGCUGUCAGAAAUACCAUGAUUUCUCUGCCUGAUGAGGUUGUUGAUAUUAUUGGCAUCACAUCUUUGCCAUCUGAAGACCCAAUUGACGAAAAGAGAAGAAAGUUGGAGUACCUUGAGAUGCAAGAGGAGCUUAUUAAGGAGGAGGAAGAGAAGCGGGAAGAGGAGGAAGCCAGGAAGAAACAAAGUUCUGUUAGUGAAGAGGAUUUGGCUCUGAAAGAGAUGACCAGUUCAACAGCUAGAGAGGCUCAGGAAGCAGCCAGAGCAAGAGCAAUUGACAAAGGAGACCAACUUUGUGAAAUCAGCCGUGCGUUGGCUGUUUUAGCUUCGGCUUCUUCUGUGAGCAGGGAGCGUGAGGAAUUCCUAAGACUAGUCAAUAGAGAGAUUGAACUCUAUAACAGCAUGAUAGACAAAGAAGGCAUAGAUGAUGAAUUGCAAGCACAGGAGGCAUAUAGAGCUGCUCGUGAAGAAAGUGAAGAUACUGAUCUGGCUGAGAAACGUGAGGUUUCAUCUGCACUUAUUGACAAGGUUGAUUCCAUGUUGCAAAAUCUGGAGAAGGAAAUUGAUGAUGUGGAUGCAAAGAUUGGUGAUCGUUGGCGAGUACUUGAUAGAGAUUAUGAUGGUAAGGUCACUCCGGAAGAGGUGGCAGCUGCUGCUUCGUACUUGAAGGACACUUUGGGCAAGGAAGGGCUUCAGACACUUAUCAGCAACCUUUCAAAAGAUAGAGAUGGAAAAAUUCUCGUGGAAGAUAUCGUGAAGUUGGGCAGUCGAGCUGAUGACGCUGGUACAGCUGAUUCUGAAGAGGUGUAGAGAUUUGAAUGUGGCAGUGGUGGUUAUGAGCGUGAUUCGGAACCCUUUCGCCGUGAGGCGGUUGCACAGAUGCAACAGGGGAUUUAUGUGGCCUUUGGCUGGGAAUGGAAAAGCAAGAAUGUGAGCGUCGCUAGGCAGUGUAAUGUUGUCUAUGCUUCCCAUCUUUUAUUGCCUUUUGUUGUGGAUUUUUCUUGUAUGGUGAGGAGUUGAAAUUAGUGAUAUAUAGAGGAGUGGUGGAAAUCUACAAGUGAGAAUGAACAUUUUUUGCACUUCAUGGCAAAUAGAAGUGUCCAAGGCAAUGUUGGCAUUGAUAAUAUCCUCAUUAUACAAGAAAAGAUUUGUGAAAUAAUUUUUCAUAUAGAGUAAUGGUGAAAAAAAAAAAUUGCACUCUCCUUUUGUCUAACAUCACCAUAUUCAUAUGGAAGCUGUUGCUAUGGAAGCUGCAAGAUUUUCUUCUUCUUCUUGUUCUUCUUCUUUUUCCC